GCCGCAGCCGAAUCGGGCUGCGGAAGUUCGAGGGCGCGGUGUGUAUAGCUGCGGCGUCGGCGCCCGAGUCUCCGCAGCGGAGAUCGCGGACGCUGGAGCGAGCCCCUCCGACGCCCAGCAUGGACCUUGAAACCAAAAUGAAGAAGAUGGGCUUAGGUCAUGAGCAAGGAUUUGGAGCCCCCUGUCUGAAAUGCAAAGAGAACUGUGAAGGGUUUGAACUGCACUUCUGGAGAAAAAUAUGCCGUAACUGCAAAUGCGCACAGGAAGAACAUGAUGUCCUCCUGAGCACCGAGGAGGAUCGGAAAGUGGGGAGACUCUUUGAAGACACCAAGUACACCACCCUGAUUGCCAAGCUGAAGUCAGAUGGAAUUCCCAUGUAUAAACGCAAUGUUAUGAUAUUGACCAAUCCGGUUGCUGCCAAGAAGAAUGUCUCCAUCAACACUGUUACCUAUGAGUGGGCUCCCCCGGUCCAGAACCAGGCACUGGCCAGGCAGUACAUGCAGAUGCUGCCCAAGGAGAAGCAGCCAGUGGCAGGCUCGGAGGGGGCACAGUACCGGAAGAAGCAGCUGGCAAAGCAGCUCCCUGCCCAUGACCAGGACCCGUCUAAGUGCCAUGAGCUGUCACCCAAGGAAGUGAAGGAGAUGGAGCAGUUUGUGAAGAAGUACAAGAGCGAGGCUCUGGGGGUGGGUGACGUGAAGCUCCCCUCUGAGAUGAACGCCCAGGGUGACAAGCUGCACAGUCCUGCUGGGGAUAGAAACACUCCAGCCGCCGUGCUGCCCAAGGAUAAGUCCACUGAGCCCAAGAAGACCCAGUAUUCAUGCUACUACUGCAAACAGGCCAUGAAGGAAGGAGACCCAGCCAUCUACGCGGAAAGGGCUGGCUAUGAUAAACUCUGGCACCCGGCCUGUUUCACCUGCAGCACCUGCGGCGAACUCCUAGUCGACAUGAUUUACUUCUGGAAGAACGGGAAGCUGUACUGUGGCCGCCAUUACUGUGACAGCGAGAAGCCCCGCUGUGCCGGCUGUGAUGAGCUGAUAUUCAGCAAUGAAUAUACCCAAGCAGAAAAUCAGAGCUGGCACCUGAAACACUUCUGCUGCUUUGACUGUGACAACAUCCUGGCAGGGGAGAUAUACGUGAUGGUGAACGACAAACCUGUGUGCAAGCCCUGCUACAUAAAGAACCAUGCUGUGGUGUGUCAAGGCUGCCACAACGCCAUUGACCCGGAAGUGCAGAGAGUGACCUACAAUAGCUUCAGCUGGCACGCGUCCACAGAGUGCUUCCUCUGCUCCUGUUGCAGCAAGUGUCUUAUCGGGCAGAAGUUCAUGCCUGUAGAAGGGAUGGUUUUCUGCUCCGUGGAGUGCAAGAAGCUGAUGUCCUAGGAAGAGAACACCAAGCAGUGUUGAGCCAUAGCUUUCCACAAUGGCCUGCAUUUCAUGAUACAAUGCAAUUGGAAAAACUAAUAAAAGGAAAAAAAAAACUAUAUAGCAAACCAGAAGAUUUUGUCCAGUAUUUUUUUUUUAACCUUAGGAAUUUUGUCUGUCUUAAUUUCAAAUUACUGCUUUAUGCAUGUGAUUUAAAGAAAUAUAGAACAAUGAAGAACUGUCGCUUUUUUUCCACACAUGAAAUCUUUGAGUUGGAAGCUUGAAUUUAAUUGAUCUUUAUAACAGCAUACCCUUAGUGCCAAAUAAUAUAUAUCACUUAAAAGUUAGUGUCCUGGGAGAGAUGAACGUUUUGACUCCUAUGCUUUGAUUCACAUGGAAAAUGUCAAGGAAUUAGAUGUUGCCUGAUGCGACACUCGUACGUAGCCUGUCUCUUUGAACUAUGAGACGCGCAGUGAGUUCCUUCUGCAGACACUCGGGGUGAGCGUCUCCUUCUGGAGGCAGGGGGACUCUUUCUCGUUGCCUUUCUUUGUAUUUACCUCUCAGUGUUCUCUUUUGCCAUCGAGUGACCUCCACUUAUGGCCUUGGGUAUUUUAUAUGUAUGUGGCGGAACAAUAUGUGCACUUUGCUCUUAGACUUUUUUGUUUUCUUUAGUUUUUUUCCUUUUUUGUCUAGAUGAUUAAAGCAGGCCAAUCAUUUACUUUUUUUUAAAAUCCAAAGAUUAUGUAUAAAUUUCAUACCUAGGGAAUUAUAAUUUGUGCUGAUGUCAUUUGCUUGCCAUGGCAAUAGUUUUGCAUGAUUUUCGGUCUUACCCCAUGGAAACUCUCUUGCGCUACCUCUGGGCUUGCUGUAGACACGGUCUGUCUUCUUGCCUGCACACUCCCAUUCUUGGGUGUUUUUAAUGUUUUCCCCUUGUAUGCUUUCACACAUAACUAUGCACUAUAAAUAUUAAAUGGAAUGACUGUUAUAUAUGCUAUUCAAAAUAAAGUCUCUUUCACUUUUAA